GUAUGUUAAAAUAGACAUAAAAUAAGCAUGCAUGUUAGAAUACAUAAUUUGGCUUUCAUAUAUGGUGUGGUUUCCCAUGCAUGUUUUUGGGCAGAAAAUGCAUUUGGCGUUUUUGGUAGGUUUUGGCAGAAUCUGUCUUUAUUCCCCCUGAGUUAUUCCUGACAGUGGAAUUUAUUGUUGGUAACAACCUUGCUAAAAACCUAAUGUAGCUCUGCCAGUGAUUGCCAUGGAACAUCCCCCAAAUGUAAAUUUAAUAGUAUUCGAAACAAAACUAAUCAAGCCUGAACCAUUAAUUUCCUUUGCCCUGUAACGCUGAACACAUCACCGUGCCAAGGACAGGCCUUAAAAAUGCCUCCUUCUCUCUUUGUCAUUUCAGUCGGACGCAUUGUCUUUGAAUUAUUUGCUGAUGUUGUACCUAAAACUGCUGAAAAUUUCCGUGCGUUAUGUACAGGAGAGAAGGGAACAGGGCCUACCACUGGAAAACCUCUCCAUUAUAAAGGAUGUCCUUUCCACAGAAUUAUUAAGCAAUUCAUGGUCCAGGGUGGAGAUUUCUCAAACCAAAAUGGCACAGGUGGAGAAAGCAUAUAUGGUGAAAAAUUUGAAGAUGAAAACUUCCAUUAUAAGCAUGAUAAACCGGGGCUGCUGAGCAUGGCAAAUGCAGGACCUGGUACUAAUGGCUCUCAGUUCUUUAUUACAACGGUGCCUACUUCUCACCUGGAUGGGAAACAUGUGGUGUUUGGCCAAGUGAUCAAAGGAAUGGGUGUAGUUAAAAUGCUAGAAAAUGUUGAAGUAAAAGGAGAAAAACCUGCUAAGUUGUGCAUCAUUGCAGAAUGUGGAGAGCUAAAGGAAGGAGAUGACUGGGGAAUUGUUCCCCAGGAUGGAUCUGGAGAUGCUCAUCCAGAUUUUCCUGAAGAUUCAGAUAUAGACUUGAAAGAUGUUGACAAGAUUGUGGCCAUAGCAGAAGACAUAAAGAAUAUAGGAAAUACUUUCUUCAAAUCGCAAAAUUGGGCAGUGGCAGCUAAAAAGUAUAGUAAAAGUUUACGGUAUGUAGAAGCUUCUAAAGCAGUGGCAGAGGAGGCAGACAAACCGAAGUUAAAAGCUGUUGCUUUGACCUGUGUUUUAAACAUUGGUGCUUGUAAACUAAAACUGUCAGAUUGGCAGGGAGCCAUUGAAAGUUGUUCAGAGGCUGAUCUUAAAAAGGCUCAUGAAAUAGCCCCUGAAGACAAAGGUAAAAUAAAGCUGUUUCUUUAUAGAUUCUUUACCUUUUUUAAAGACUGUAACUAAGUAACCAGGAUAGUAUUUAGCAGGAAAUCGUACCAGUGCGAUGCCCAGAAUGCUGGAUUCUAACAGCUGAAAUGCUGAUAUAUUGAGCACAGACCCCACUGAGGUGGAAAACCGUUCACACAGCAGUGAUGUUUCUGGUGCACUGCGUAACCUGCUUACGCAGGUCGGGAGCACACUUCUUGAACCAUCUCGCCCUCUCACAGGGGCCUUGCUAACUUUCUUAAUUUCCUGGUCUAAUUGGGUAAGACUUUUAGCUCAGAAAUUCUGUGUUGGCACGAAUACUAUGCUUGCUACACCCUCCUCUGCCUGGUUACCUUACCAGGUGAAGCAAAGUAAGGGACAAGGGUUUUUUUGCUGCUAGUAGCUGACCUAAUAGAAGAUUAAAUGGAGUUCUAGUAUACAAAAGAAUAUGGGUAAUUUGCGGCAGCGCGACCUGGUCUUGAUGUAUGAGACCUAAUGUAAAGAGAUUACUAUAACUGCAUCAUGGAUUUUCUUUUUAACCAGCUAUUCAGAUGGAAACACUCAGAAUCAAACAGAAGAUAAAAGCCCAAAAGGAG